AUGGCGGCCGUGAAGUUCGUGAACAUGACCGUGGUGGCUCGUCCUCGCCCUCACGGCGUUCGACGUGACCGCCAGGUCUGGGCCCUGGCGCCGAGCCCCACCUCCCUGGCGAGCUCCGUCUUCUCGUCAAUCCUCUGCGCAGGAGCAGCUGCCAUCGCGGCUCUCAUCUUCGGUUCCGAAGUGACGCCGAGCUUCGGAGGUCAUCCUGUUCUUCCCUACACUAAGAAUCUGCACGUGUCCAGAUGCUUCUUCCUCCUCCCGAAUCUUCUGGAACUUCUCGAAUCUCCCACCCCCACCACCCCCUUCUAUAAAACCCCUCUCCGCCAUCGCAGAGCUUCACCCAAAACUCACAACAACAGCUCGCAAACGAACAACAGCAGCAACAACUCGCAAACGCACGAGAAGAAGAAGAAGAAGGAGAGUUCAUCGCAGCCGAUGAUGGACAGCCCGUUCUUCAGGAGCCAUUGGGUCGCCCCAUCCCACCCCCGCCCUCGCUACUACCCCUCCCCCGCUCCGCCCAGAGCCGUCCCUACCCGGGCGGCGCCGGCGCCGGCGCCGUCGCCGAAGGUGGUCUCGAUCCCCGUCCGCUUCGUCGGGUCGGAGCGGAGCCGGUCGGGCUCGGCGGUCAGGAUCCAGAGCGCGUUCCGGGGGUUCCUCGUGCGGAGGAGCGUGGGGAGGAUCGCGGCGGUGAGGAGGGAGGUGGACGAGGUCGAGAGGAGGAUCUCGACCGCGGAGGCGGCGGAGCUGCUGCGGCGGGACGAGAGGGAGAGGCUGAAGGUGAGCGAGGCGCUGAUGAGCCUGCUCUUGAGGCUGGACUCGGUCCGAGGCGUGGGCGCCGGCGUGAGGGAGUGCAGGAAGGCGGUGAUCAGGAGAGCGAUCGCGCUGCAGGAGAGGGUGGACGCGAUCGUCGCCGGGCAGAGCGGAGGCCCCGUCGGCCGAGCUUCUGCGGAGGAGGCGGAUGUCGAAGGUGGCGAUGCGGCGGGGAGAGAAUCUGUUGAGGCCGACGAUCGUAGCUCUGGUGCCCUGCCUCCACUGAGCGCAACCGAGGCCGUUAUGGCGCGAUUAGAAGGCGAAAGUGGACCGGAAAUGGCGGACGCGGACCAUUCGGUCGAUGCUGGUAGCGAGAGUCACCAAACAGAGGAGACUCCAGCGGAGCCUGAGGUGCAUACGGCGCCAGAGGCUGACGUGGCGACGAAGCCGGAUGGGGAGCAUUCUGUGGAAGCUGAUGCAGGCAGGGAUCGUGAGAUGGGACAGCCGGCGGCCGACGGAGUAGAUACAGAAGCAGCACGCGAGCCAGAGACUGAGAUUCACGAGAACGAAGAUGAGAUCACGGCGGACAGUUACACUGUUCAAUCGACGUGCGAACUCGUGGAAGAUGCCGUGGCCACCGGAACGGAAAGCUCAGCCGAUUCCUCCCCCCAUUCUCGGAGCCCGAUCGAGGGAAUCGACGAGAACGCUCCGCCGGGGGAAGGCGCCGCGGUGGAGUCGCAGAAGCCCGACAAAAACGAGGAGAGGGGAGGCUGGGGGAGCGAGGAGCUGCUGGAGAGGAUGGUGGAGGACAACGAGAAGAUGAUGGGGCUGAUGGCGGAGCUUUUCGAGAGGAACGAGCGGCAGACCCGGUUGCUGAGCUCGCUGUCGCAGAGGGUGGAGCAACUGGAGAGGGCUUUCGUGUGCGAGAAGCUGAGGAGGAAGAAGAGGAGGCAGGCCGCCGGCCGGUGCGACGCGAUGGACUGCCCGGAGACGUCGCCGGACCCGAGGAAAUGUGGAAAGUGAUGAGACUGACAGCGGUGUGAUCGUCUGGUAGUUGCUGAACCGAAGAAUUGAUGUAUGAGCUGCGGCAUUCCUCCCAUCUUUUCUCUGUAUUUUUACCCUUUUCUUCUGCUACAAAAUGAGAAUCGCAUCGGCCAUAGUUGGUUUCCGUAGUUUAUGGCCUUCUGUUCCUUCCGAUUUGUUUCGUGAGCCCAAUGUCUCACCGCAACCCAAGCAAACACCAGUCCCGAUUCAGGCCCA